GCACCAGCGCUGCAGCGAGGCAGCGGCUGCAGUGCUGGCUGGCCCGGCAUGGGGGAUGGAGGCAGCAAGUUUGAGUCCUAGGCGGCGGCCACCGCCGCAAGGCCGUGAGUGUUCGUCUGGAAUCGGCGCGGGGGAUACAGGAUGGAGCCCCACGGAUUUCAGUUUUACUGACUGUUAAAUGAGAGGAUGAUUGCUCACAAACAGAAAAAGGCAAAGAAAAAACGUGUUUGGGCAUCAGGCCAAGUCUCUGCUGCUAUUACAACUUCUGAAAUGGGGCUCAAGUCCGUAAGUUCCAACUCCAUUUUUGAUCCGGAGUACAUCAAGGAGCUGGUGAAUGAUAUCAGGAAGUUCUCCCAUAUGUUACUGUAUUUGAAAGAAGCUAUUAUUUCAGACUGUUUUAAAGAAGCCAUUCAUAUACGUCUGGAUGAACUUCUCCGUGUUUUAAAAUCUAUAAUGAAUAAGCAUCAAAACCUCAAUUCUGUAGAACUUCAGAAUGCUGCAGAAAUGCUUACUGCAAAAGUGAAAGCUGUGAACUUUACAGAAGUCAACGAAGAAAACAAAAACGAUCUAUUUCAAGAAGUGUUUUCCUCCAUUGAAACUUUGGCAUUUACCUUUGGAAAUAUCCUUACCAACUUCCUUAUGGGAGAUGUAGGCAGUGAUUCAAUACUGCGGCUGCCCGUUUCUCGAGAAAGCAAGUCUUUUGAAAACAUUUCUAUGGACUCUGUGGACUUACCCAGUGAAAAAGGAAAUUUUUCCCCUAUAGAACUAGACAACUUGCUAUUAAAGAACACUGACUCGAUAGAACUGGCUUUGUCAUAUGCUAAAACAUGGUCAAAAUAUACCAAGAACAUAGUAUCAUGGGUUGAAAAAAAGCUCAGCUUGGAAUUGGAGUCCACAAGAAAUAUUGUUAAAUUGGCAGAGGCAACUAGAUCUAGCAUUGGAAUACAAGAGUUUAUGCCGCUGCAGUCCUUGUUUACCAAUGCUCUUCUCAGUGAUAUACACAGCAGCCACCUUUUACAGCAAACCAUUGCAGCUCUCCAAGCCAACAAAUUUGUGCAGCCUCUACUUGGGAGGAAGAAUGAAAUGGAGAAACAAAGGAAAGAAAUAAAAGAACUUUGGAAGCAGCAACAGAAUAAAGUGCUUGAAACAGAAACAGCUCUCAAAAAGGCAAAGUUGUUAUGUAUGCAACGGCAGGACGAAUACGAAAAGGCGAAGUCUUCCAUGUUCCGAGCAGAAGAGGAGCAGCUGAGCUCAAGUGCUGGGUUAGCAAAAAACCUCAACAAACAGCUAGAAAAAAAGCGGAGGUUGGAAGAAGAGGCUCUUCAAAAAGUAGAAGAAGCAAACGAGCACUACAAAGUCUGUGUAACAAAUGUUGAAGAAAGACGGAAUGAUCUAGAAAAUACCAAGAGGGAAAUUUUAACACAGCUCCGGACACUCGUUUUCCAGUGUGACCUGACACUUAAAGCUGUAACAGUUAACCUCUUUCAUAUGCAGCAGCUACAGGCUGCAUCCCUUGCCAACAGUUUACAGUCUCUCUGUGAUAGUGCCAAACUCUACGAUCCAGGUCAAGAGUACAGUGAAUUUGUGAAGGCUACACGCUCAAGUGAAUUAGAAGAAAAGGUGGAUGGGAAUGUAAAUAAGAAAAUAACAAAUAGUCCCCAGACCUCUGGAUAUGGACCUGCUGACUCUUUAGAGGAUGUUGCACGCCUUCCUGACAGUUGUAAUAAACUCGAAGAGGACAGGUGCUCCAACAGUGCAGACAUGACAGGUCCUUCUUUCAUACGAUCGUGGAAGUUCGGAAUGUUUAGUGACUCUGAGAGUACUGGAGGGAGCAGCGAGUCUAGGUCUCUGGAUUCGGAAUCUAUAAGUCCAGGAGACUUUCAUCGGAAACUUCCACGAACUCCGUCCAGUGGGACCAUGUCUUCUGCUGAUGAUCUCGAUGAAAGAGAACCGCCAUCACCAUCAGAAGCUGGACCCAACUCCCUUGGAGCGUUUAAGAAAACAUUGAUGUCGAAGGCAGCUCUCACGCACAAGUUUCGAAAGUUGAGAUCCCCCACAAAAUGUAGGGAUUGUGACGGCAUCGUAAUGUUCCCAGGCGUGGAAUGUGAAGAGUGUCUCCUUGUUUGUCAUCGAAAGUGUUUGGAGAACUUAGUCAUUAUUUGUGGUCAUCAAAAACUUCAGGGGAAAAUGCACAUAUUUGGUGCAGAAUUUAUACAAGUUGCAAAAAAGGAACCAGAUGGCAUCCCUUUUGUACUAAAAAUAUGUGCCUCAGAAAUUGAAAAUAGAGCCUUGUGUCUCCAGGGAAUUUAUCGUGUUUGUGGAAACAAAAUAAAAACUGAAAAACUGUGCCAGGCUCUGGAAAAUGGAAUGCACUUAGUAGAUAUUUCAGAAUUCAGCUCACAUGACAUCUGUGAUGUCUUGAAGUUAUACCUGCGCCAGCUCCCAGAACCAUUUGUUCUAUUCAAAUUAUACAAGGAAUUUAUAGACCUUGCAAAAGAGAUACAACAUGUAAAUGAAGAACAAGAAACAAAAAAGGAUAGCCCAGAAGACAAAAAGCAACCACAUGGGAACAUAGAAAUCAACCGAAUCCUUCUGAGGAGCAAGGACCUGCUGAGACAGCUGCCAGCGCCAAAUCUUCACAGUCUUCAUUACCUCAUGGUACAUCUGAAGCGGGUGGUAGAUCAUGCAGAAGAAAAUAAGAUGAAUUCUAAGAACUUGGGAGUGAUAUUUGGACCAACUCUCAUCAGGCCAAGGCCCACGACUGCUCCCGUCACCAUCUCUUCCCUUGCUGAAUAUUCUAACCAGGCCCGAUUAGUGGAGUUCCUCAUUACUUACUCACAGAAGAUAUUCGACGGGUCCCUGCAGUCUCAAGAUGUUGCCGUGCCUCCUACAGGUGCUGUUGCACCUCAGGGUGAUCAGGGGUGUCUCCCCAAGCCUCUGUUAUCACCAGAUGAAAGAGACACAGACCAUUCUAUGAAACCACUAUUUUUUUCUUCAAAGGAAGAUGUCCGUACUGCAGAUUGUGAGAGCAGAACUUACGAAUUAGCUACAUCGUUUGAAGAAUCAGAACGCAAACAAAAUGCAUUGAGAAAAUGUGACGCUUCGGUCGUUGACAACAAAAUACAUUUGCUUUUUGACCAAGAGCUUGAGUCAGCAGCACCCCAAAAGAUGGAAGGUGUUUGUAAAAGCCCCAAGCUCUUUCUUCUGAAGUCUGACAGGACAACAAGCGGUGUGCAGAGACACACUCCAAGGACCAAGAUGAGACCUGUAAGUUUGCCUGUAGAUCGGCUGCUGCUUCUUGCCAGUUCUCCUACCGAGAGAGGUAGCAGGAAUAUAGGAAAUGUAGACCUGGACAAGCUUGGCAAGAACCCUGCCUUUGAAGGACUUCAUAGGAAAGAAAACCCAAAUAGUCCUUGUUCCAAAGAGAAUGGCUUUGACCAGCAAAAUGUGCAGAAAUCCUGGAACAGACAAUAUGAACGGAACAGCUUUACUGCCAAGACUACGGUGAUUGUGCCCAGUGUGUACUCUGAAAAGGGAUUGACAGCCAACCCUGGGAACAGUGGGGACCAUUCCAGUAGUGCCGCCCAGCCCAGUAAGCCAUACGCAGAGCCAGCCACGACAGAGCGGAGAUCCUCUGAUUCCUGUCCUGUCGCUGCUGUCAGAGCUCCCAGAACGCUGCAGCCCCAGCACUGGACAACAUUUUACAAACCACCUAAUCCCACCUUGAAUGUCAAGGGGACUGAGGGGAAAAGAGCAUUGCCCUCCGCGCCUGUGCCUCCUGUCCCGACACAAGGUCCAACAGCAUUGCCCUCCGCGCCUGUGCCUCCUGUCCUGGCACACGGUCCCCACAUUCAUGUGGCAAAAUCGGACCUAGACUUGGGAGUCACGUCAGCACAACCAGUGCAGCCAAGUGGUCAACCCAAAGAGAGCUCUGAGGUGCCUGGCCUGCCUGAGGGGACUCCCACCUGCCAGAGACCGCGACUGAAGCGAAUGCAGCAGUUUGAAGACCUUGAAGAUGAAAUCCCCCAGUUUGUGUAGGAUUGUCAAAAUCGAGUUCUUUGUUUAGUGGUGUCAUUUUGUGAGAGGGACGUUUGGACAGGGCCCUUUUGUAUAGAAUUGCCAAAGCUGUUUGUCACUGUGGUGUUUGUUGAUCAUGUGGGAAAAGAGAGUGUUCUGACAAGGCUGCAUUUAUGCCUCGCUGGAAUGAUUUUUGGAGUUGUAAAAAAAAAAAAAAAUGAACGGGUGGAUUCAUGUUUUUUAGAGUUGAUUUUCCCCAUAAAAUGAUCCAUUUAAAUGCAUCCCUAAUAUAUGAUGGUUUUUAGCAGUAGGAGCAAUUGGGGAAACCCAGCUUUAUUGUGCAGAGUGAGACCAAGUACAUAUUUAUAAAGUAUUUCCGACACAGGUGCCUGGAAGAUGUUCGUGUGCUGUGAUUUCCCCACACGGCCGCAUAGGGCAUCUUUGACCAUUUGUGUUUCUGUAGUUGUGUGUAAGCUUUUAUUUUUCAAUUGAAAAUUCACCUUUUAAUAUUUACAUAAUGGCCAAAGGGUUUGCCAGUCUGUAUUUAAUUAUACUUAAUUGCCAGUUUUUACAUGUGGCAGUUAAGUUGUACCCCAAAAAAUGCACUUAAAUAUGAACUGUGUAGUUCCAUUGCCUCUUAUUUGGCAUUACAUGGUUUUAAUACAUCUGGUAGGGUUGGGAGUUUUGUUUUAUCUCUUAGUCUUGUCUGUAUAAACUUUGUUUCCGACUGUUCUGAACAUGUUUUAUACAGUGGUCCAGGAAAGAUGCUAUUUUCAGAGGUUUUUAAAUUUCAGUACAUUUCUUGUUUUUACUGCCUGGCUUUGUUUAAACUCUUCCUUUUAUAAGAAAUGUUUUGACUUACGCAUCAUUUUAUAUACUUUUUCUACCUGACUUUCAACCAUUGAAAAUGUAUAGUUCAUUCAGAUGGAGUGAAGAUUUAUUUAAGUUGAUCACAAGGGUACACUUCAGUAAGCCUCGUGUUUAGAAAUUUGGAAGAAGGUAUAGAUGACCAGAUCUGUUUCUUAAAAAAAAAAAAAAGAAAGAAAGAAAGAAAGAAAGAAAACAACAACCUGGUUUUCAGAACUUGUGCGUUCCUGUUACUUUCUUGCAUUGCUGUUUGUCUAAACUAGGAUGUAAAAGGGACACAAAUACAGUAGCCUUUUGUAUGUGUGAAUUGUAUUAUGCUUUUGUAUGGCCUUGUUAUAUUUGAUAAAUAUAUGUACAUACUCACUUGCUAAAUUAUCUCAGGUUUGUGGCUUGUCGGACAAUAUCUUCAGUUGUAGUCUUCAGUGGAAUUAACCAUCGACCUAGGCGUCAGCUCCA